AUGUGUUCUGUGGUACAGAGGAAACCAGAGAAACAACUUCUGCACGAACCAAACGAUACGCUGUUGGAGGUAGACUGUUCUUCAGAGCUCGGACGUUUGCCAACCAAAGUAAUCCGGUAUCGUGUAUCUCGUUAUCCCAGAUGGGAGUUGCACAAAUCGUUGAGCAGACAGAAUCUAAAGCUUUACGUAGACAACGCACUUCGCCAGGCAACAAAAAUUUGGGAAGAACCAAUUGAUGUUAAAUUUAUUGAAUGGCCAAUGAGGGGAGCAGAGAUCGAAGUAAGUUUUGCCACCCACUACCAUGGCGAUCCGUAUCCAUUCGACGGCACUGGUACAGAAAUUGCACAUGCAUUUUACCCGAAUCAUAGAAAACGAAGAGGACAAAUUCACAUCGAUGAUCAUGAACCAUGGGGACCCAAAGGAAGAAACUUGAAUUGGGUGUUAGCCCAUGAAGUUGGUCAUGUUUUAGGACUUCCUCAUAGUCCGCACGAGUCGUUAAUGAUGGUCAACUAUCGUGGUUUUGAACAAGCUCAACCAAGACUCUUUUCAGAUGACAUAAAAAACAUUCAAAAGCUUUACGGAGCUCGACAAGGUUUUGUAGAGGGUUUGAUGUUGAACGAAGAUGACAAAAAGAAUCCAACACAGAUUUCUUUAUGUGAUGGCGAACCUUACAAUACAAUCUUUACGACUCCAAAUGAAACUGUUUAUGUGGCAAAAGGCGAACAUUUCUGGAGAAUCGAAUCACCGCUGGAAAAUCGUACAAUAACAGGUCCGUUCAAAAUUGUCGACUACUGGGGUAACGUCGGUACCCCAAUUGAUGCAGCAUUUUCUGAUCAUUUUGAUUGGACAUGGAUUGUCAAAGGCGAUGAUGCAUGGCGAUUUGAUGCAUCCUCGGAUACUCUACGUUAUUUCCCAAAAGAGAAUCUGCACGAAAUUGUACCAUUUACAAACUAUCGUUAUAAUUCUGUUGAUGCUGUACUAAGCAUCAACUCCGAUUCAGAUAUGCAGUCAACAUUUCUGUUUCUUGGGACCAAAUAUUGGUAUGAUGGAAAUUCGGAUGGUGAAACAGAUGAAGGCUAUUAUCGGCAAAUUGACGAAAUUGACAAAAGCGUAAAAACUGUUGAUGCCGCAAUUUCGUUGUACGGUUACAAUUUUAUUUUCUCCGGUGACAGAUACUGGAAAGUUCACAUUGAGCGAAACUCACUUAAGGUUGUCGUUUUUUUUUUUUUUUUUUGCUUUUGCUUUUAUAGUUAA